UUCGAUUCGUUGACUUAAAAGUUUCCUACAACCCUGAACGCAUCUUGAAUUGUUGGCCCGCGUGCGCUGUGAUUGGUCCAUUUCAAGGCUAAGCAAAACAGGUUACGCCAUAUUGCCAGUGACAAGAGUCGAGCGCAUUUGUUUUGGCCAAACUAUGACGAAAUAGCGACUGUCAGUUGGUUAUAUUUCAAUUACACUUAGUUUCAUGCAUGCGCUGCUCGUUUUAGUAUCGCAAAGUUACGUAGACGACGAGACGCGAUGUGGCUAGCCGUUAGCUGCACAGUCCUCUAGCAUGGUGUUCAGUGUCGCUGCGUUCCUCCUUCGUGAGCACUUUAUUUCCCCCGCUAAAGUAUUCAUGUUAUAGGUUUUCUUAUCGACGGAGUAUGGCACACACUGUGGCAACGGCUGACGCGAACUAUGGCCAGUCGAGCUCGAGUAGUGGACGGCGCUCCAGCCAAAGAGACGACCAGGUGCGGGCUGUCAAAGCCGCUCUUCUGACCAGGUUGGGGCCCUACGAGCCGGUGCUGACCUACCUGCAGACCGUCCUGGUGUGGGAGAGACCCAUUCAUUGCGUUCUACUCUACAUACUGAUCCUCCUCGUCUUCAGUUUCUUUGUUCUGACCUCAUUUCGCCUGCUGUUCCUGCUGGCUGCUGGCUUGAUUGUGUUGGUCUGCGUUGAUACCUGGAAGAACAAGAUCUGGCCGCUCAUCAAAUUCAGGCAUCAGGAAGAGUCUGAGAAUGAGAGCUGGGGUCUGGUGCAGCCCAACAUCCUCAGUGUUCCCGAAAUGUGCCACCACUUGGCUGAAGCCUGGGUCAGCUGUACUGUUCUUGCCUCCAUGUUGAUUCAGUACAAGCGAAACAAACCAGGGAAGUUCUGCAUCCUGACCUGCUCAGUCUUCUUCUGCCUGGCUGUCUUCGGCAACUACUGCCCUGGAGCGUGGAUAGUGUUUUUAGUUGUGCUGUUUAAUCUUCUGUUGCCACUGCUGGAGUACCGCAAGGUCUUCCACUAUAUGGGUGUGAUGCUGGAGCCGGCCCUGCAGUGGUUCGACUUCAGCGAUCAUGGGUACAUGAUGUCAAAGCCCAUUGAUAAUCAGUUCCUGAGGAAGCCCGUCCAUGGCGCCGCUGGCGGAGAGGCCAGUGACAGUGAGGAGGAGCUGGCGGCUUUCUGCCCCAAGUUUGAUGAUGCUGUUGUUGCUAAAGAGCUGGCGCUCAGCGACUCAGAACACUCGGACGCUGAGGUGUCUUACACUGACAAUGGGACGUUCAAUCUGUCCCGAGGACAGACUCCGCUGACUGAGGGAUCUGAAGAUCUGGACCGACACAGCGAUGCCGAGGAGUCGUUCGCUCAGGAUCUCCCCGACUUCCCCUCCAUCAACCCGGACGCCACCCUGAUGGACGACGAUGACGACACCAGCAUUGGUCUGCCCAGCCUGGCCAUGUCUGGCCUCCACAGUCACCGGGACUCAGUGCUGGAGGUUGAGGAUCACCUGGACUCGGAUCAGGAUGAUCUGGACGAGGACCUGUCCCUCAGCAGCCAUCCGCCCGCCGCCAGGUUCUCCACCGACUUAACUGGAGAAUUGGCUGGAGUGAUCGCCAGCAACAUGAUCCAGGCGGCGUUGGCUGGAGCGCUGCAGCCUCAUGCUCCGCCCUCCCAGCGCAGAGCUGGUCCUCCUCGGGCUGGGUCCCGCCAAAACUACCGCAAACAGUCAAGCGCGGAGCUCGACACCGACCUGGACGCGGAGGACUUUGAAAUGCUGGAUCAGUCGGAACUAAACCAGAUGGAUCCACUUGGAGGGGGAGGAUCCAGACAAGGGCGGAGCCAGGGGGCUGGCUUCUUGUCCAACUUCCUUGGUAAACCUCAGUAAGACAUGUGUGCCUGUGUGUGUGCGCGCGCGUGUGUCAUUAGAUGUCCAUAUUGAGGAGUGGAUGCCACGUUUUUAGGGUCCCAGCAACUUUUGUUUUACUCAACAACACUGUGAAAUUCCUUCCGAUCCUUUAAAGUCAACCUUUAAACUCAUCCAGAAUAAAUACCUUUGUAAACCGAGCAAUAGAAACAAAAAAAUAUCAGCCAUGUAAACAACCAGCUUCUAUGAGCCGUGACAGUCAGGGAGCCAGUCACCGAUGAGACCUAAUGUUACAGCUUCUUCACAACUUGGAGGCCCUGACUCACAGGGAAAAUCCACAUGGGACCAAAAUGAACAUUCCUGUUGACUGAGCUGAGCCACGUUGCCAUGGUAACAGCCUCUGGUGGCUCACAAGCUUGAGUGACAGUCAAUCUUUUUCUCACUCAACUUGAUGGUACAUCAGUUUGUGGUUAUCAGUGUUGGGCUGUUUCAAAUGAGAGGUUGUGUUCCAUUCAUUUUCUUAUUUAUUUUUUUAUUUAAAGAGUUUGCGCAUGAACCCUAACUUCAAGGAGACGCAUAUCAUCAUUUUGUUUUCCCCCAUGUAAGUGUGUCCAGAAGAAACCUGUUUGCUGUGUUAAAAUGCUGUUUCAGUUAAGCUAAUGUUACAAAUCGUCUCUGAAUCUUUGACAAACUACAUAAGGAAGUGGCAAAAACUUAAAUUUAGAAUCGAAAAUUCCCCUUACUGCAAUCGUCGCGAGAUGUAGCUGCUUCCUGUUGGUCUCACAAGUUUAUUUGCUGCUCCAAGUUUUAAGUUACAAAGUCUGAAAAUGCUGGUCUUUUAUUUGCAAAUCACUUUUGAGAGCUUUAGACAAAGACAUUGAAGUGUAACUGAAGUAUAUUUGUUUACUGAAGAGAUUUUGCUUUUCAUUAAAGCGUUUGGAAAAAAACAGUCUAGAUGAGAUAGAAGUGUAUUUAAUCGACUGUACCUGGUUUUAUAUAUUGUUC